AGGGAGCAACGGCAGCGCGGACGGAAUCGAGGACGAGGACGACGAGGAGGUGGAGUCUGUCCCAGCCCGCGUCUGGCCCGCUCCCCUCUGACACCAAGGGCCAAACCCGCCCCGAGCCUCUCACUCACUGCCGGCCUGUUCCCCCGCACACUCACACACACGAGCAGGACACGGAAUGGACACGGAAGGGAGCCAGAGCAGCCUGUCCGCCACGGACUCCCCUCACGACCCUUGCAAAAUGUUCAUAGGUGGACUCAGCUGGCAAACAACACAAGAGGGUCUGAAGGAGUACUUCUGCAAGUACGGCGAGGUGAAGGAGUGUAUGGUGAUGCGAGAUCCGGUUACGAAGCGCUCGAGAGGCUUCGGAUUUGUCACCUUCGUGGAUCAGGCUGGCGUGGAUAAAGUUUUGGCCCAAACCAGGCAUGAGUUGGACUCUAAAACAAUUGAUCCUAAGGUCGCAUUCCCUCGGAGGGCUCAGCCUAAGUUAGUGACUCGCACCAAGAAGAUCUUUGUGGGAGGCCUGUCAGUGAACACCACCAUAGAAGAUGUCAAGCAAUACUUUGACCAAUUUGGGAAGGUCGACGAUGCCAUGCUCAUGUUCGACAAGACCACCAACAGACACAGAGGGUUUGGCUUUGUGACGUUUGAGAACGAGGACGUGGUGGAGAAAGUCUGCGAGAUCCAUUUCCACGAGAUCAACAACAAAAUGGUGGAGUGCAAGAAAGCUCAACCCAAGGAGGUGAUGUCCCCUACAGGCUCAGCCAGGGGGCGCUCUCGGGUGAUGCCCUAUGGAAUGGACGCCUUCAUGCUGGGGAUUGGUAUGCUGGGUUAUCCAAGCUUCCAGACUGCCACCUACACUAGUCGAAGCUACGCGGGCAUCACCCCCGGAUAUACUUACCAGUUCCCCGAGUUCCACUUAGAGAGGACUCCCCUUCUGACUUCACCCCACCCCCCUGAACUCACAGCCAUUCCCCUCACAGCGUAUGGACCAAUGGCAGCAGCGGCGGCAGCCGUAGUCAGAGGUUCUACCCCAUCUCGCACAGCUGGAUUUUUGGGAACCAGCAGCCCGGGCCCGAUGGCGGACCUCUACGGAACAGCUGGUCCGGAGUCGGCAGUCAGCAGUUACCUCAGCGCUGCAAGUCCCGCCCCGAGCGCUGGAUUCAGCCAUGGUCUUGGGGGCCCUUUGAUCGCUACGGCCUUCACUAACGGCUAUCACUAAAAAUUGAAGAGUUGUUGACGGACGGAGAGCUGGAGGGAGUUGACGCUGCCCUGGAGCUGAUCUGGCCUGGCUCUGUCCAGUUCGCUUCUCGUGGCAGGGGCAGCUGAAUCCCCAUCUCUCACACUCACACUCACACUCACACACACACACACACACGCUACAUACUUCAACCUAGCCAACCUUCGGCAAAAUCAAUCUUUGAAAAUGUUCGAAAAGCCAGCAGACAGAGCCUACCGUAGCAAACACAUACAGAUGCUGUAUUUUGUAGUGUCACUUUUUUAGGGUUGUUUUACUUUGCCAUUUUGAGCAAUGGCUGCAAUUUGUCUUAACAGGCCGUUUGACCUCUGAACCUGAAUCUCCAAGUGAAGGUCACAAUCUGUACUGCAAAAAUUGUAAUGAGUUCAUAAUGAAUAUUCACUACUAAUUUGUGAUCAAUUCUAUUUCUUGAAAAUGUGUCACAAAGUGUAUAGCUUGGUAGGUUUUAACGAAAUGUUGUUACACAUAAAGCAAAGAAACCGGUCAUUGGUCACAGUUACAUGAUAGGCCUACUUGAGCUGUACAAUGUUGUAAAAUAUUGUAAAUAUGACUUUUUGGGGGGCUUACAGGGUGGGGGGCAGCUACUUUUAGGGUCCGGAAGGCUUCGGAGAAGCGGUAUGUUUGCUUCUUCUCGUCAAUCCUUGCAUGUUGGCAACUUUGACGAUUACAUAGUUUCAUAAACAUCUCAAUAUGUGUCUGUCAUUGUUAGAACAGCCAUACAUUCGCUUAGGCAUUUCUCUUUCUGUCACUUGAGUCUGUCAUUUCAUUGAAAAGCUGCUGUGAGUUCCGCAGAUGGAGGUUGUCCUUAUUUUGUUUUUUGUUUUUGUUUGAGGAGUGGGGGACACAUGCACGUAAAUAUGCUCCUUACCUGGGAGAGGGAGAAAAAAAAAAACAUACCGUUUUCUUACUUUGUCAUAUUUGUUGUUUAACUGUGAUUUUUAAGAUGUGAAUAUUGUUUGUGGAAGAACAUGAAGGACUAAUCUGUUGAGCAGCAGUGCACACACACACAAAAAACACAAUCAUACAUGCUGAUGGGCACUUUUCUGUGCCAGUUGUCUGUUUCAUGUGGUUUCCUAAACAUUGACCUACUAUGUACAAUAUGCACCGUAUGCUGUUUUUGGUUCGGGGGGAGGUACCUAUGACAUUUUAAUUAGACCUUUUAAUAAUACAUUAACAUCGUCGUCAGAGUUAUUCUUAUUUUUGAAAGGUGGCUUUUCCUAGUCGCCUUUACAUCCCUCACACGUAUCCACUGGAGGUCACAGCUACAGCAAAUUGACGGCUAUUUUUAGACCAAAACAAUUAUGAAGGAUGUUGCACUCGUUGGCCAAUAUAAAAGGGCAGAAGAACAAAGCACUCCAUAUCUAAUAAAAUGUUUGCAUAUUUUGAUAUACACUCACUCAAACUGCUGCAGGCUACCAUUGUAGUUUUUAUGCUGUCUUUGAUGAAAAAAAAACUUGUCAACACUGUAACCUUUUCAGAAUGUCAUUAUCCUGUCAUGUUAUUUCUUUGGAGAAAAUAAAAACCUUUUUAAAUUUCCUAAUAAAUUAUUUUAAAACA